CAGAUACGUUCACAGCAAAGCAUACAAUUGAACAGAAGCGGCAAACGCCUGAGAUAUGUAUGUAAUUGAGUACGCCGGCAAAGCAUGUGUGGUGUUCAUUGAAUUUUGAUCGACAAUCCACAAAGGAACUACUACAAAUUAUAUGAAGAGAAUCACGAAAAUUUUAUUAAGUAUAUGUGCUUAUAAAGGUGAAAAACGAACUUUGUGCUUAUAACUUUUCACUACUCGCUAUCAUCGAUUUUUUCCGAGCUACACAGAGCCAGAGCAGAAUACACAACAUUACAGUAUCGCACAUUGACAAACGCGCAUGCAGAAAAGUGUUUCCAGCGGUGAAAAGUGUUUUAGCGAAUUCACAAAACGGGACAUAUUUGCACCUAGAGACCACUGCUGUCGAAGAACGACAAGUUUAGAAAAAAAAAAAUAGUAGAAAUAGAUUGCUGAGGCAAACAAAUUCAAAAGGCCAACAUUUCGCCGCACAAGAAUACGCCGUCUCAGCGCAAAAUGACGAUUUCUGCAUUUCAGUUGUGUGGCAGUUUGGCCCUUGCGGCUGUGGUCUAUAAAUUCGUGCACACCGUCCUGCCGUGGCUUUACGUGAAUAUCAUUGGGCCGAAGUUCUUUGGGCCAAAACUCGACAUACGUCGCAUGGGUGGCUGGGCUGUGAUCACUGGCGCUACUGAUGGUAUUGGGAAAGCGUAUGCGAAUGCGCUUGCUAAAAAGGGAUUUAACUUGGUAUUGAUCAGUCGUUCGUUGCCCAAGCUAGAAAACGUAGCAAAGAAAAUCGGCGAAGACUUCAAGGUCGAUACCAAAAUCAUCGAUGUCGAUUUCACAAACGGCGUGGAUAUUUAUGACAAAAUCAAAGCAGGCAUUGAAGGUCUCGAUAUUGGUGUGCUCGUCAAUAAUGUUGGCGUUUCAUAUCCCUACCCAGAAUAUUUCUUAGAGAGCUACGAACAAAAUCCCAAAUUCUUACAGGACAUUAUUUCAGUCAAUAUACACUCUGUGACGCACAUGUGUGCCUUGAUUUUGCCGGUUAUGGUGAACAGAAAGAAAGGUGUGAUCAUAAAUGUAUCUUCAACUGCUGCCGUUAUACCAAACCCAUUACUAAGCGUUUAUAGUGGCUCGAAGGCUUUUGUUGACAAAUUUAGCGUGGACUUGCAAACGGAGUACCGUAGUAAAGGCAUCACUGUGCAAUGCGUUCAACCGGGCUUUGUGGCCACCAAUAUGAGCAAGAUGAAAAAGACGAACGCUAUGACCCCAUCGCCCGACACCUAUGUCGCCGCUGCUCUUAAUAUUUUGGGAUAUACUACCAAAACUGCAGCCUAUUUGCCACAUACAUUUCUACAGGUGGCUUUGAAAGCCAUGAACGAUAUUAUCUGUGAACCCUUCACUACGGACUUUGUCUUCAAACAAUUGUUGAAUAUUCGCAAGCGCGCCUUGCGUAAUAUGAAGCAGAAUAAAUAGAGGGGAAUAUAUAAUAUGUAGAGGGAUAUAUGUAUGCUUGGAAAUUUUUUAGUGAAUUAUAACGUAUGUACAAUUAUAUCAAUACGAUGUGUCAAUGCCACGCGUAAUAAAAAACCUUAUCUGAUCAUCAUUUUCAUUCA